CUUUUUUAAAUUAGUAUGAAGGUUUUUUCUUUUGUUUUCAAGAAUUAAGUUGAUUAUUGCUACCAACUUGAUCUGACCUCGUGUUCAAGCGUUGAUGUCGAUUUCGGUGGCAGUGUACUCUUGUACUCCUCCAUUUAGUUCGGAGGUGGGGUAUAGUUAAUUUAGGUGUACCCUAAAGUUAUUUAAUUCUGACUGUCCGUAACACAAAAUCAUGAUUCCCCCGUCUUCUCGGCCACAGGUCACUGUAUACAGUGACAAAAAUGAACCAACUGGUGAAUUAUUGACUCUCCCUGCAGUCUUUAAUGCUCCAAUUAGACCAGAUGUAGUAAAUUUUGUUCAUCAAAAUAUUGCUAAAAAUCAUAGACAACCCUAUGCUGUCAGUGCUGAAGCAGGUCAUCAGACUUCUGCUGAAUCAUGGGGAACUGGACGAGCUGUGGCUCGUAUACCUCGUGUAAGGGGUGGUGGUACCCAUCGUUCUGGUCAGGGUGCCUUCGGUAACAUGUGUAGAGGUGGACGCAUGUUUGCACCAACUAGGGUAUGGCGCAGAUGGCAUCGUAAGGUGAAUGUUAAUCAAAAGAGGUAUGCAAUGGUUUCUGCUAUAGCUGCCACUGGAGUGCCAGCACUCGUGAUGUCUAAAGGACACAUGGUGAAUGAAGUUCCUGAAAUUCCUCUUGUAGUGACUGAUAAGAUUCAGGAGUAUACUAAAACCAAGCAGGCAACAAUCUUCUUACAUCGCAUCAAGGCUUGGACAGAUAUUCAGAAGGUAUACAAGUCUAAAAGGUUCCGUGCUGGUAAAGGUAAGAUGCGUAAUAGGAGGCGCAUUCAGCGUAGAGGACCUCUCAUUAUCUACGGCCAGGAUCAAGGCCUAACUCGUGCUUUCCGUAACAUUCCUGGUGUUGAUCUUAUCAACGUUUCACGAUUAAACUUACUUAAACUGGCACCUGGUGGUCACGUGGGUAGGUUUGUAAUCUGGACCCAAUCAGCUUUUGAUCAACUUAAUGCUCUCUAUGGCACAUGGAAGAAAAAAUCAACUUUGAAAAAGGACUACAACUUGCCAAUGCCCAAGAUGGUGAAUACUGAUCUGUCCCGACUUUUUAAGUCUGAAGAAAUCAAGAGUGUCCUCAAACCUCCAAGGAAGACCAUAGUCAGGAGGGUAAGGAAACUGAACCCAUUGAGGAAUACACGAGCAAUGCUGAAGCUCAACCCAUUUGCUGCUGUUCUGAAGAGGAAAGCUAUUUUGGCUGACAGGAAACUUAAGCUUGAGAGGGCUAUUGAGAGAUCAAAGAAGGAAGGAGUUGAGCUUACCCCUCAUCAAAAGAGGUAUGUUGCUAUGCUUGAGAGAAGGAAAGCUCAGAUCAAAGCCGCCAAGGCUGCUAAGCCUAAAAAGGUUAAGAAGCCUAAGGCUGAAAAAGCCGCUGCUGAUGAAGCAAAGAAAGCUGCUGUAACUAAAAAACCAGCAAAAAAGGCUGCUGCUCCCAAACCUCCCAAAAAAUGAUUUAAUGUUAAUAAAGUUGGUUGAGUUUGGUUUUUAAACUUUUAUUUUUUUAAUUUUCCCAUGAUAUGUUGACUACUUAACAAAUGAAAUCUUAGCUUGCUUUUUUUCUCUAACA